CCGGUGGCAUCUAGAUUCUAGCAGCUUAUUUAUUCAAGUUUGAGUUUUGUUAGCUUCCCCCCCCCCCCUGCAAGGUGAAGAAAGGUGUGCGUGAAAUAGAAACAUGAAAGGGAGAUAAUACACAAGUUUGGCUUUACUUUGUACGCUUGAGUUGCCCGAACUGCUCUAGCAUUGACUUAAUUCGUACUAGACUCUACUGACCCACAAAAAAGUGACAAAGGUCUGUCCUGUGUGUUUACAUUAGUGUGUGUAGUGUGUGCUGGAACAGUGGAUAGAGUUUUACCAAGCAAGAUCUAGAUAUGUCUGGCGGAUGGGACAUUUAUCAGUGCUGGCCUUUUUUGUGUGUCCAAGUUGAAACAAGCAAACUGGACAUCAUUCUUAGAUAGGAGUAAACAGUAUCUGGCAGACGUGUCGAAAUGUUAAAGGUCAAGAUGGAAGGAGGCAUCCAGGGCAUGGUCAUCGUGUUCUCCGCCUGCAUGAUCCAGGUGUUGGCCUUUGGCAACUAUGCCUGUGUGGGUAUCUACACAUUGUACCUGUUGGAGGAGUUCCCUGAAGACACUGUAGGGGUAUCUCUCAUUAGUUCCAUCCACUUUGCCUUACUCUUAGGAUGUGGUCCUCUCAUCAGCUUCCUGAUGACUAAAGUUUCCUAUAGAAAACUCUCAAUUUUAGGAGCUCUCCUUGUAUUUGUUGGGAUAUUGUGUACACCUUUGUUAAUUCAUCUCCCAGCUUUGUACCUUUUUUUUGGUGUUUUUGCAGGACUAGGUGGAUGCUUCAUUUAUCUUCCUUCUCAUGUAUUGAGUGGGUUGUACUAUGAUAAAUAUAGAUCUCUAUCAACUGGUGUGGCAACAUCAGGAACUGGACUGGGUGCCAUCUUGAUGCCUCUUAUAGUAAGCAAUCUCAUUGAGGAGUAUUCUUGGAAAGGGUCACUGUUGAUAUUAGCUGGUUUGGAUUUUCAUCUUUUAAUAUUUGCUCUUUUGAUGCUGCCCCCACCAACCCCUCCCUCUGUUACAAAAUGUACAAAAGAUGAUGACUACAGGAUGUCAGAACUACACAGUCAAAAAGAUUUGUCCAAUGACAAAGCUGUAAAACUGAGUGGAGCAGACAGGUCUGGGGCAAGCACACUUUAUGAACCGUUAACCAAUGACACUGGUUACAACUAUGAUUACAGUGAAAAGACAGAAGAAAACCAUAGACUUUUGCUUAGUAUUGCAGAAGAUGAGCAAUGUAACUUUGAAAUCAAUCAUCAAGAAAGCAGCCAUCAUUCAAAUAAUAAAAAAAAUGAAGAAAAUUCUGUUAAACAAAAAUUAAGGGCUUAUAACUCUGUGCCAGAUGAUGAUAUAUCCAUGGUGUUUCAACCCAGUUAUCUCUCUUGGGCCACCAAUCUUUCAGUUAGAGGUUCUAGGUUGUAUGACAGUUUUCCCAGUUUUCUCCAUGAAACUGAUAUUGGUACUCAUUCUGAAAACAAUUUUCCAGUCAGUAAUAAAUUCAAUGGCAAACUGACUCAAAAGAUGCAAAUUAAUCCAGAAACUAUAAAACACAAAACAUUAAAGGAAACUUUAAAACAUCAUUUUCUUCUUUUCAUAAACUUCAAGUUUCUUAUAUAUUUCAUUUCAACCAUUCUGUGGAGCUUAUCUACCAUCAUUUUCAUCACAUUUGGUCCUGAACUCUUUGUUUUGAAAGGCCUUUCAAAAUAUGAUGCAGCUAUUGUUUUUACAUUCUUUGGAGUUGGCCAAUUACUGGGCUGCAUUUUUAUAAGCAUUCUCGGCAGCUGUGUUGGUAAACGUGUAUUUCUGUACAUCUUGUCAAACUCACUGACAGGCUUUUUUAUUGGCAUUGCACCCUUAUAUGACUCUUAUGCUUGGAUUGUUAUGGUUUGUUUGUGCAGUGGCCUAGCCUAUGGAGGGAUUCUGGGAUUGUAUAUGAUUGUCAUGGUAGAUAUUGUAGGUGUGGAUGAUAUGGAAAUUGGUCUUGGAUAUAUUAUGCUGGCUUCUGGAAUAGGCUGUUUUGCAGGACCUCCACUGGGAGGCUACCUCAAGGAGAUCUACUAUGAUUAUAACUACUCAUUCUACCUGGCAGGUGUAUUUGCUGUUGUCGCUGGAUUGUGUAUGGUCUUCAUUUACUUAAAGUGCUGUAAAGAGAAAGAGCUUAAAGAAGAAUAUGUUUAAUGUCCUGUGUAUUACUAAUUUUAAAAUAUUUAUUGUAAGUUAAUAUGCUAAUGUUUAUUCAGUUUUAUGUUUGAUUUUUGUUUUCAACAACUAACUAGUAAGAAAGAAGUAAGUCAUCUUCUCAAUAAUGACAUUCAAAAAUAAAUGUUAGUUGAUUGUUAGAAGCAUCCCCCAUGACAAAACAUUUCUUCUAAAAUUAUCUUUGUAGUUACAGUAGUUGAUAUUUAUGUUUAAAAAGAACAGAGCAGUAAUAUUAUAUAUAAAUCUUUAUUGCCCUAUGAAUAAUAAUGAUACAUUUCAUGUAUACCUUAACAGAACCUUUUCCUAAUAAUUUUGUUAUGCAUAACUAGAUCUUUCUUUUUGUAUUAAAUUGUUACAUUAUUUGUUGUGUUCCAUUCAUUCUCUGCUGUGAUCUCAAAGAACAAUAUUAUAUACUCAUGUUAUGAAUGGCAUUAUGUUGAAUGUUGUGAGCACAUUGAGGAUUCUUGUGAUAAAAUAUGUUGGAGCAAUUUAGUCAUAAUAAAAUGAAAUAAUAAGUCGUAUCAAGCUCAGAUUAAUUAAAUAAUAACAAAGUCUAGCACAAAACAUUCUUUUCAAUAUGUCUUCCUUUUCUCAGCUUUAUAAGUUUUAAUGUCCACAAAAUAAGUGACAAUAGGUGUUCUAUUUAAUCAUUAUGAAGUCUUGAACUGUCUUUUGAGUUACAAAAUAUGGCCAGGCUUCCUGGCAUAAACUAAGCAAUGCAAAGUUAGAUAAACUUUUCUUAGAAAGCCCAAGAAAUUGUUGAAUGGACCACAUUGCAUUAAAGUAAAACUAAUAUUUUUUAUGAUUAUGGUUACUUUACUUACAUUUUUUUAUAUACUAAAAUUAUCAAUGUCUGAAUGCACCCUUUCUUUUGUCACUCUCUGUAAAGAUUAAUUUGUAAAUAUCAAGAUUGACAAUUUCAUUUUGUGAAGACACUUGUUUAAAUGAAAUUGUGUAGAUGUUAGGUUUAAAUGCAUAAUAAUUUGUUUGAAACUUACCUUGAAAUAUUAUCUUGCAUUAAUUCUUUUUGAAUAUUGUUUUUAUUGUGUUCAGGAGUCAGAUAACCAGCUUUUUAUUUAUUUAAAUUUAUCUAAACAAAAGCUACCACAGAAAACAGAUGCUUUGUCAAUGUUAGAUGUGAUAAAAAGUGUAGGUCACCACUGGGUCCUCUUUAAAAGUUCCUCCUUCAGACCUUGCAAUCUAUAGGGCAGAAGAUGUUUCUUUGGCAAAUGGUUAAUGAGCAGGGUGUCAUGUGGCCAUCACUAUGACCAAACUCCUUUACUUUCCCCAACUAAAAUCCCAAAAUUCAAAAUCCCAGUCUUCACUGAGAUUCAUACCCAAGACCCCCAUGCUAGGAAGCCAAACACUUAACCAUCUUGCCCCCUUACUGGGUCCUACGUAGUUACUUGAAAUGGCUGCCUGGUCAUGUGGUAUGUGCACUAGAUUGUCCUCUCAAUACCCUGCUAUUUCUCAUUGUACUGUGGGAGGUUUAUGCUUGGAUGUAGAUUAUCUUUAACUCAACUUCCUUAACCUUCAGUCUGGAAGAGCAAUGCCUUACUUAAAUGUAUUUGCAUGUAAUCGUAAAUGUUCACUACAAAACAUUUUUUAAUAUAAUUAUUUUAAUUCAAUGUUAUUUAAAAGUAAUGUAAUAUUGACAAAGUUAAAUGUUUUAAAUAAUUAAAAAAUGGUUUAAUGUUUGUGAUGGAAAUUCAGAUCGAGAUAUCUUUAUCUGUUAGUUAAAUAAUUGUAACAAUGAUUCUUCCAAUGGAACCUGAAUGGCUAAUGGAUACCACAAACAUUUUUGAUGUACAUGUAUCUUUUAUAUUGUAAUUUAUUUUCUGUCACAUACUUUUUUUUAUGAAUGUUAUAAAUGAAGAAUUUAAAUCACUAUUAAUAUUUUUUGUCUCCAAAGCUGAGGUAUUUGUUAGAAAGUGCCUUCUGUAUAAACUAUUUUUAGACCAUAAAAUCUCAUUUUAUGAUCUGAAAACAAAUGUAUAUACUAAAUAUACCUUUUGUUUUAUACAUAUAACGAUAUUUUCAUACAUCUUCUCAUGUAAAAAGAUUUAAAAAUUAUCUUUUCUGAAUGUGUUAACUGUUAAGAUAUUUAGUUUAAACUAAUUUAGCUGCCUGUGAGUUUCAUCACUAAACAUUCCUCAUUGCUACAAAUUAUUUUAUUUUUCUUAAAUUUAUAAUUCUGAACUUGCUACAAAAACAAAUUAUAAAUAUGAAAAUGUCUAUCAGCAAUACAAGAUUUAUUUUUACUUUUACGUAAACAAGCAGCUAAUUAGUUGAUUUUAUGUAUUCAUUUUUUUUACAAGAAGAGUUAGCCUAUUCUAGGUAAGAUUAAAAAAAGAAUAGGCCUGGCACAGUCUGAAUCAGUUCAAUAUUUUACAAUUUUGAAAUGGAACUCUACAACUGGUUCCAGUCAUACAUAGAAAAUAGGUUCAGCAAUUUUGUUAAAAAAAAAAAAAGGGACUUGUUUACAAUUUUUGUAUUGGCCUCCAUUGCAUUGUGAUCACUGAAAGUGCCCUUUAUUCUAUACUUGUUCUUUAUAUAGUUAAAAAGAAUCUAUGCAGAUAUUAUCUAUCAUUAAGGAUAUGUGCAAUUUUCGGAAUUAAAAAUUAAUUCUUUUA